AUGGCAGAGGGUCCCACGGGAUUGGUUGUUACAUUUUAUAAGGAAUGGGCAUCUUUUAUCCGCUCUGAAGAUUUUAGAUAUCUUUACCCAUCGAUAACAAGGCCUCGAGUGUUGUUCCUGGUCGACCGAGUUGCAUCCUAGCCACCCGAACCUGAUAUGUUGUGGUUUCACUCUGUUACUCGAGAGCAAAGAUGUCUCCCUGGCCCACCUACCAGUGAGGUGUUGUUUCACUAUGUUUAUCAAGAGGAGAAACCAUUGUUGUCGUUCGGUCAACAACAGUUGCGUAUUUCUCUUGAUUCAACAAAUUCUCAUAUUUCUCAGCCCAUCAGAGGUAUGAUCUGUCUUCGGUUACAAACUAAGGUUGCGAUUUGCAAUCCGGGUACGAAAAAGUUUCAGACUUUACCGGAUAUCCAAGCGCAUAAGGACGCUGUCGUAACAAGUUUUCUAGGAUACGAUGAAGCCACCAAAGUGUUCAAGGUCUUAUGUGUGACGAUGUUACAUAACAUUGAACCAUCACUUAGAGCUUAUGAUUAUCAAGUCUUGACUGUGGCAUUGGGUGAAGAACCUUCUUCUUCUUGGAGACGGAUCACAUGUACGAAGGAUCAUCAACCAGAAACUCAAGGACUAUGUAAAGGAGGGAUUUUGUACUAUGGAGCUCGGUCCACUAGUCACGAACCUCUGGUAAUGAAGUUUGAUGUGAGGUCUGAAGAGUUUACCGUCAUUGAAUUUCCUGAUCUAUAUAUUAGUACAUAUUGGAAUUAUGUGAUUUACAAUGGGAAAAUUGCCUUGGUGAACGACUCUGACUUCUUAGAUGGAAUUGUGAAUGAACCGAAUGGAGAUAUAGUUUUUCAUAUAUGGGUUAGGGAUGAAACUGCGAAGGAAUGGCAGAGAAUCCGCGUCGAGAUUCCUAGUUGGGAACAAAAUGCUGGAAAUGUGCAAUAUGUUUUCAGAGGUACCACUAGUGGAACAAAUAAACUUGUUUUCGCACAAUACUACAGUUACGAAGAUGAUUUCUCUGUGCUGUAUUACGAUACAGUCACAAAAAAGCUCAGAAAGAUUCAGAUUGAAGGAUUGGGUGACGGCAUACGUUCGGUUCGAACCAUCUUGGAUCAUGUUGACAGUACUUGGCCACUGUGA